CCAUCACCACCAGCACUCUCGACCUCCAUGAAGCCUUCCCCAACACCUCCUCCUCGAACCUCUCCAUUCUAGGUCUCGAGGGGGAGCAAGAGAGUAACAGACGUGGUAAAAUCAACCUGACUCUCCUCAAGUUGGACCUGGAUCUAUCGAGGGUCUUCUCAAACCAGGAGGCCGUGUCUGAGGACGUUCAAGUGUUCCUCAUCUUCGUGUACUCCUUGGCGGCCUUCCUCAGUCUCCUGGGCAACGUGACGGUCAUACUUGUGUUGGCGUUCGGCAGGAGAUCAUCUGUACGGUGCUACCUCAUUAACCUGGCCGUCUCGGAUAUCACCAUGGCAACCUUCUGCAUCCCGUUCUCCUACACCAGCUUCAUGUUCCACCGCUGGGUGUUCGCGCCGGAGUUCUGUAGGAUCGUGGCCUUCAUGCAACACAUGUCCGUCACCUGUAGCGUCUAUACCCUCGUCGCUAUCGGUGUUGACAGGUACAAGGCGCUGAUACACCCCCUCAACACCCGGUGGACCAAGUCCCGGGCGAGGCUGGUCAUUGGCUGUAUCUGGGUCUUCUCCGUCGUUAUCUCUCUGGUGCCUCUCGUUGUCUCCGAUUCUGAGAGAUACGACUGGGAUGGAGAAUGGUACUACGAGUGUAAAGAGAACUGGCCUAAGACGAAGAACGAGCUGUAUGAGAAGACGUACACGGUGGUGCUCUUCGUGCUGACCUUCGCCCUGCCUGUGGUGGGUCUGGGCUACACCUAUCUCUCUAUAGUGGGGAUGAUGUGCUCCUACAGGAUACCGGGCAACGCCGAGCCCUCCAGGGACCAGCAGCAUCUACAGGCUAAAGUUAAGGUAAUCAACAUGAUGAUAGCCGUGAUGGUGUGCUUCGUGCUCAGUUGGUUCCCGCUUCAGGUGCUUCAGUUCCUCAUCUACUUCGCCCCGGAUAUCACACAAUGCCGGGGACACGAGUGCUUCACCUAUUACAUGAGCUUCUUCACCUGUCACUGGAUAGCUAUGGCCAACUCCUUUAUGAAUCCCUUCAUCUACUGCUUCAUGAGUAACAACUUUAGGGAGGACUUGUGUCAGUUCAUCAGGAAGUGUGGUCGAAAAGGCAUGAGACGCAACCACUCGAACCCCUGGAGUCGUAGUGAACUCGGCUCCUCCUUCAGAUCUAUACUCUACAUAACCCACAAGACUUCUGUUCAGAGUUCGAGCAAGAUGAGUUUCCGCGCUAAAUCGGACAAACAGAGAGAAGGAGAGACUGUGGAGCUUCAACACAUACGGGAUGGUCAGGUAACAGCUACAGUGGAAUAUUUAGGUUACAGUGGUGAAGAUAGAUACAUUCGAUAA